AUGCACGCUUGCCACUACUUCAGAGCUCGGGACGAAGUCGGCGCGACCGAGGGGCUCAUCGCUCCUGUCGCAUGCUUCCUCUCUCAGUAUUAUGUCACCGUAGAAUUCAACAAACUUAACCAGCAUGCUGAUACCCGAAACGUCGGCUUCCUCGUCGGCCCGCCCCUGUUCCAGGCCCUGGAGACGUACAUCAACGGCACAUCGCCCCUGGCGAUACAGGGCGUAGAGUACGGCAGACUCUCGCGUGCCGACGCCGGUGCUCGCGUGGCUGCGUUCGCGGCCGCGACGACGGCGCGGUGUCCUGGAUCGGGGAUUGCCAUGGCGGGAUACUCGUUCGGGGCCAAGGUUGUGCGGAGCGCGCUCGCUCGGGGCAACAGUACCGUCAGGAGCGUGGUGCUCUUUGGCGAUCCAGAGGAGGGGGCGCCGGUGGAGGGUGUGGAUUCUCGGUUCGUGAAGACAUUUUGUCACGAGGGGGAUUUAGUUUGUCAGCGUACGAGUCCUCCGGCGACGACAGGUGCUGGGGACGACGAUGGGGUGGCUCGGGGGGAAGGGCAGGAUGGGGAGUUUCCGAGCAGCAAGAAGAGCGUGGUAGGUCCGCAUCUCGAUUACAGCCUCGACGCCCCGGCGGCGGCCAUGUUUGUGAUGCAGAGGAGCGGACUUGGGGUUGCGAGUGAUGAUGCGAUGGACGAGGGGAUGGCUGGAACAGUGGUGGGCAUGGUGCAGCAGAUCAUGAAGAAUGCCAACGGGGGUAUAGACUCGAGAAGAAGAUUAACAAGGUAG